GGGGCAAAGCGCGGCCCCGCGAGCAGUUGCGGCGGGAGAGCGGCGGGGCUGAGAGCGUGACUCGCCCGCUCCAGCGCUGCCUCUGCCUUCGCCGCCGCCGGUCGCGCAGCCAUGUCCGAGGAGAAGCCCAAGGAGGGAGUGAAGACAGAGAAUGACCACAUCAACCUGAAAGUGGCCGGGCAGGAUGGCUCUGUCGUCCAGUUCAAAAUCAAGAGGCACACGCCACUGAGCAAGCUGAUGAAGGCCUAUUGUGAGCGACAGGGCUUAUCCAUGAGACAGAUUAGAUUCAGGUUUGAUGGGCAGCCAAUUAAUGAAACAGACACCCCAGCACAGCUGGAGAUGGAGGAUGAAGACACGAUCGACGUGUUCCAGCAGCAGACGGGUGGCACGUGGGCGGCCGGAGGCCUCUUGGGAUGCAGUGUCUAGGGGGACCAUCCCACACCUGUGUCACCUGUCCUUGCAUUUGAGAUCCAGUCGUAAACAUGUGAACACACCAACACAAAAGAGUCUGCGGAAACUCGGGGACGGUCACCAAAUUACUUUCCUCUUUCUUUGACGUCCUUUGAAUGACACUCAACACUGUUUCUGCAGGGAUGAACCUACAAACUGAAAUUGGGCCAAUACAAAUUCCUGUCUUUGUUUAGGUAAAAUGAGUUGCGAGGUUUUUUGAGUUUGUUUUUACUUUUUCCCCUGCUGUAACACUUUUCCUCCAAACUUGUGUCCUCACUGUCCAUUUUCAGUCUCCAGGUGGAGACCUUGCCCCCACGUGUGGUGACCUCUGUCCCCCUACUGCUUCAUCUAAUCAUGUAGAUAGUUCACGUGCACCGCAGUGGGGGCUUUUCCUGGACACGUGCUUUGGGGGCCUGGUGGGGAUGGAAGAUAAAAUUUCACUUGCUAUUUGUUGUAGGCACAGGUUAUUAAAUUUUAGCUAAAUACUGCAAAUUUAAACUUUGGCAGAAUAUGGUAAAGUCGCAGGAAAAUAUUGGGAUGCUUCUUAAAGGGAAAUGGCGGAGUCCUUCACUAGUGUGGCCCUGUAAUCCCUACCCCUUGAGUCUGUCCCCACGGGGCUCCGCGGCCCAGGGUCCCUACCACCACCGCUCAGUACCAGUUGAUUGGUAUAGCGAACAACAACUGCAUAACUCAAUUGGCUUCUCCCCUUUUCUCGUAUCGGAGAAAAUAAUUACCACAAUUCCCAUCUGGUAAUAGUAUUGUGGCCUCAGAUUUCUUCUAGUAUUUGCUUCUGAUACGUAAUUAUGGUCUAUAUAUGAAAAAGUGAGAUAAAGUAUUGCUGAAUUUGCAGUUCUGUUGUGUACCAGAGCUACUUUGAGGUGUGGUAACAAGUGAAUCCCAUGGAAAGAUCACUUCAUGUUAUUCUCAUGGAUUUUUGCUAUGCUGCUUUCCAAAUAUGUAUUGACUUUAUGCAUUAGUAUGGUGAUUUCAGUUCUGUGAACUAUUCUGGGGUUUCUACCAAUUAAAAAGUCUCAGCGUUCUGCCUGUUGUCCUUCAGUAAGAGUGGAUUGCUGCUUGCCGUCAUUCUCUGCUUUUUAUAGUCACCUGGCGGUGUGACAUGACCCGUCAUCUAUUGGUUGUUUGAAAUCUUGCUGAAAAUUUUCUUGUUUCCUUUGCAGUUUGCUGUGUGGGCGGGGGUGGGGGGGGGUGGGGUGUUUGUCGGCUCUGUUGUGUUCAUUCACCAAUUUGUACAUUAUUUGUUGUCCUUUACUACUGUAAACAGUAAAUAUAGUUUGGUACUCUGUC